AUGACCAUGGCAGCCAGACCUCCCCUUGACCCACAUGUAGGGACCGGAGCCACCAGUUGGGACCCCUGCUGUACAUAUGUGCCCCAGGGCCCGGGGGAGGCAGACAUCAGAGUGCAGAUGGACAGAGCCAUGGCUGCCUCCUCCCUUCACCACCUCCCCCUCCUCCUCCUCCUCUUAUCCGCCAUGUUGUUUUGGACUCACAGUUCCGCCGCUCCGACCGACAUCUUGUACCGCGUCCCGGAAGAGCAGCCUCCCAACUCCCUGAUCGGCAGCUUGGCGUCCGACCAGGGCCUUCCCGACAGCGGCCAUCUUUACAAACUUGAAGUGGGCGCGCCGUAUCUGCGCGUGGACGGCAAAACCGGCGAUAUUUACACCACGGAAAUCCCCAUCGACCGCGAAACCUUGAAAGACUGUCGCAAUCUCUUUGACGAUGACAAGUGCUUCUUGGAGUUCGAGGUCUCCAUCACGGACAUGGUGAAAGGCAUCGGAUCCGGGCCCAGGUUGAUAGAAGGACGGAUAGAAGUUCUGGACAUCAACGACAACACCCCUCAGUUCGCUUCGCCCGUUUUGACGCUUUCUAUCCCUGAAAAUACGCACGUAGGAGCUUUGUUCUCGAUCCCUAUGGCCACCGACAAAGACUCGGGCGUCAACGGCGUGGAAAGGUACACUCUGAGCACGAGAGACGAUUUCGAGCAACUCUUCAGCCUGCAGGUGGCCAUGGAUUCGGAUGAGAAGGUGCCGCAGCUGGUGGUGAUGGGGAACCUGGAUCGCGAGGUGAAGGAGUCGUACGAUAUGAACAUUUUGGUGGUGGACGGCGGCGCUGAAGAACGACAGAGCAGCGCCUUGUUGAGGGUAAUCAUCACGGACCAGAACGACAACGCGCCAAAGUUCGAGAAAAGCCACUACGAAGCCAACCUGCAGGAGAACAGUCCGCUGGGGCACUCCGUCGUACAGGUCCGAGCCACAGACGCUGACACUGGUGUGAACGCAGAGAUCGACUACUCUAUCCACCAGGCCUCCGAAGCAGUGCAACGGCUUCUCCGGAUAGACCGUUCCACCGGCGUCAUCUUCGUCAAAGGCCUCGUCGACCGCGAGGAGGAGAACUUCCUGAAAUUCUUUGUUGUCGCUCGCGAUCGUGGCCCCAACUCCAAAAGCUCCAAGGUCUUAGUCACCAUCAUCAUCAAAGACCAGAACGAUAACUCACCUUCCAUCGAAAUCCGCGGAAUUGGACUCGUUACUCACCACAACGGGAUCGCCAACAUCUCUGAAGACAUGCCCAUCGGGACGCCAGUUGCGUUGGUGCAAGUUUCCGAUCGCGACGAGGGAGAAAACGCUGUGGUGACUUGCGUGGUUGCUGGUGACGUGCCCUUUCAGCUACGGCCAGCGAGUGAAUCAGCAAACGAUCGCAAACGGAAAUACUUUCUCCAAACCACCACGCUUUUGGAUUACGAACGGGUCAAGGAAUACUAUAUUGAAAUCGUGGCGGUUGAUUCUGGAAAUCCAGCCCUCUCCAGCAGCAAUUCUUUGAAAGUAAAAGUCUCCGAUAUUAAUGACAAUGCACCUAUAUUUUCGCCUGCGAUUCUUGAGGUGGACUUUGCUGAAGAAAACCAACCGGGUGAUUCAGUUUUGGCAGUUACCGCGGCUGACGCAGAUGAUGGCUUGAACGCAGAACUUGUUUACAGUAUUGUGGAAGGCACAGCGAGACGGCUUUUUGAAAUCGACUCCACCACCGGGGAGAUAAGAGUUAAGAAUAUUCUGGACAGGGAAGAAACAGAAAGAUAUGAAUUCCGUGUUUCCGCCGCUGACAAAGGGGUGCCUAGCAAAACCGGUACAGCAACUAUUGUCUUAAACGUCUUGGAUGUUAAUGAUAACGACCCCAAGUUCAUGCUAAGCAGCUAUAGCUUCUCAGUCAUUGAAAACAUGGCUCCGUUGAACCCAGUAGGCGUUGUGACCGUCUCCGAUGCGGACAAAGGCGAGAAUGCACGAGUCAAGCUUUUUGUCGAACCUGACAACGGUAAAUUCUUCAUCCAAAACGGCACCGGAACUAUUUUGUCAAGUAUUUCGUUUGACCGCGAAAAGGAAAGCACAUACACUUUUCGCCUAAAAGCUGUCGAUUCAGGAGACCGACCUCGCUUCUCCUAUGCUGGGGUAACCAUCAAUGUUUUGGAUGAAAAUGACAAUGCCCCUUAUGUUACCAAACCGUCCAAUUCAUCGUACGCUUACUUAACACCACUAAUUCCACUCGACACGGCAAUUGAAGUGGUUGAAGCUGAAGACAUAGAUUCUGGACCUAAUGCAGAUUUGCUUUUCACAAUUACUGGAGGGAACCCUUACGGACUAUUCCACAUAUCGCCGACAAACGGGGAAAUCACACUGGUGCAGGAGUUCACUGGGAAACACAUCGGGCUGCAUCGCCUGGUUGUGAAAGUUAGCGAUAAAGGCAAACCCCAACGCCACACCACGGCAUUAGUCCACGUUUAUGUGAAUGACACCAAAUCUAACGUUUCUCAAAUCGAAGCUCUCGUUGGAUUUAGCUUGUCCACGUCUCUUGAUCAAGACAUUGCGGGAGAUCCAAACUACAUCAUCACUCAACGCAGUAACAUUUUGUACGGAAGUUUGUCCGGGAUCGCCGGCGUUAUCAUGGUGAUAGUUGUCGUUGUGGUCUUGCGCCACCGCUUGCAAAAAGACACAAAGAGUGGCUACCAAGCAGGCAAAAAGGAAAGCAAAGACUUGUACGCACCAAAGCAGGGACCAAAAAACGGGAAAGCUAAAAAGGCCAAAAAGGGGAAAGCACCAAAACCGGUAAAACCUCGAGAGGAAGACGAGGAGGCUAGCUUGCAAAAGGGCCUGAACUUCAACCUUAUAAACGACAAUGUCACCGAUAGCCCUCGCAUCCAUUUGCCGUUGAACUACCCACCCGGAAGCCCCGAUUUGGGACGCCAUUACCGCUCGAAUUCCCCUCUACCUUCCAUCCAACUGCAGCCGCAAUCGCCGUCAGCGUCCAAAAAGCAUCAAGCCGUCCAGGAUCUUCCCGCAACCAACACAUUUGUGGGGGAUAACAACUCCACCGGCUCGGAUCAAUACUCGGAUUAUAGCUACAAGGCGCCGAAGUACAGCAACAAACAGGUAGGCGAUUACGCUAACACGCCUAUGUACAACAACCACAACAUCUACUGGACCAACCGCGUGUGGUAG